UACUUUCUUUUACUCCAAAGUAGUGAAAGAAAGAAGAAAUGGCAGGGAAAGUGAAGAUAUCAGCUGCAUCAGCCAGAUCUCACACCCGCACCAAAUCCAAGUCCAAACCCACCAAAGGUAUUUUCAAGAAGUUGUUGCUCGUCUUUUUCACGGGGUUUUUGGCAUGGGCCUACCAAGCAACACGUCCACCGCCUCCAAAGAUAUGUGGAUCUCCAGAUGGACCACCUGUUACUUCACCCAGGAUCAAGCUUCGUGAUGGAAGGCAUCUGUCCUAUUUAGAAUUUGGUGUCCCGAAAGAGACAGCCAAGAACAAAGUUAUUUUUGUACAUGGUUUUGGUGGUUCAAAGCAUCAUAAUAUUUUUGCUAGUAGAGCCUCUCCGGCUCUUAUUGAAGAUUUAGGGGUGUACAUUGUUUCAUUUGACCGGCCUGGAUAUGGAGAGAGUGAUCCAGAUCCUAAAAGAACUCUGAAGAGUUUAGCUUUGGAUAUUGAAGAACUUGCUGAUCAGCUAGGACUUGGAUCUAAGUUUUAUGUAGUUGGAUUAUCUAUGGGUGGUGAAUUGGUCUGGCCUUGUCUGAAGUACAUCCCUCACAGGCUUGCAGGGGCAACACUCAUUUCUCCAGUAGUCAAUCACUGGUGGCCUAACUUUCCUUCCAACUUAUCGAAUGAAGUAUAUUAUGAGCAGUUUAAGCAGGACCAAUGGUGUCUGCGUGUUGUUCACCAUCUACCGUGGUUGACCUAUUGGUGGAACACGCAAAAAUGGUUCCCAAGUUCCUCUGUUACUUCUCAAUCCCGUGCUAUGUUUUCUCCUCCAGACAUGGAAGUUCUGUCAAAGUUACCCGCUCCAACAGAAAAGCAAAAGACACAGCCAACACAACAAGGAGAAUACGAGUCUCUUCACCGUGAUUUGAUAAUUGCAUUUGGCAACUGGGAAUUUGAUCCAGUGGAACUUGAGAACCCAUUUCCAAAUAAUGAAGGGUCAGUUCAUAUAUGGCAGGGUGAUGAUGAUCGAUUUACGCCUGUGAAAUUGCAACGCUAUAUCGCCCAGCAACUCCCAUGGAUCAAUUACAAGGAGCUCCCACGUGCAGGCCAUAUGUUUUCUUUAGCAGAUGGGAUGGCUGACAUUAUCCUGAAAACGCUUCUAAAUGUAACAGAUUAGCUCCACAUUUAACAGCUACUUAUGCUAGCUAACUAUGUCUUAAAAACUUCCAUAUAUCUCAAUUGCUUUUUGUUGUUU